CGUUUUUUUGUCGCGGUUUCCUUUUCUCGCCUCCCGAACAAGCACAAGAGAAAGUCGGCCGCCAAGGUCCCCGGCUUCUGCGCAGGCCAGUCGUCCGAGAAAAAAAGUUUCAAGAGAGUCUGGCUUCUGGCUGUGUGUAUCGCAGGCAGCAAGCGCGCGCUGGUUUUCGCAACUCCUCAGAUCCACUUGUCCUUUUCGCUGGAAAAACGGAUUCUCUGCACCUUCCUCGUCUUCACCUGUGUCGACUCUCAGCAGACAAAGAACCGAAUUCGCAUGUUGGCGGUCAAACUCGCCGCCGAUUUACGCAACACUGAAACCGUCUCCUUGCACAGUCCGUCUCCUCUGCCGUCGCACCAGAGAGACAGAGAGCGAGAGAAAGACUUGGCUCUCUAUAACUGCAUGCGCAUCGCAGGAGCUGAUUCCAUCUCUGUCACUGUGUGUACGCCCUCUCACGUACAGACGUACGGGAGCGCAUGUUGUCCUAACAUGCAGCUGUUCAAGAUUUACUGUGGUCUCCUGCCUCGCUUUGCUACAUAGAUCUCGUCGUUCCGCCUGUGUACGGCUGUGUACGGUUGGCCUGCCAGCGACAAGCCGCCGGCGCGACAGCCUGCAUGCAAGGUACAGACUCCUGACGGCGGGGGGAGUCGCGGUCGGUCGGGAGCUUCUCGCGCAUCCCUGUGUUGAGUUUCUUGUUGUCUCAGGAGGUUUUUGCCUUCGCUUUGCUCGCUUCGUUGUGUCGUCGGCGGCGACGGAUGGCCAGGGAAGCAGCAGCUUUGGGUCUCUCUGAGAUUCUGCUGGGUGUUGUGCGGCUUGAGAGUCACGAGUGGAUGCUCUCUUGUUCUGAAAAACUCCGGACUGCGGCUUGACUCUCCAGGUCUGAGUGCGACGGAGGAACUGGAGAGGCGGCGCGCGUCUUCCUCCUCUUCAACAACAGACAUCGGAAGCUGAAACAGCGCAGCUGGGUGGGUGAACUACUAGUGUCCGUACACCCCAAGAACUCUCCAAUUUUUGGGAGCUGCUUGCUCCCUGCCGAGAGCGCCGCGAGAGACUCAAUUGAAAACAACUCUCCCCUGUGGAGACCGUCCCUGGCGAAUUCCUUCGCCAAGCUUCUCCGGCGGAGACGCAGACAGUGCGCUUCCUCCAGCUGUCGGCUUCUGAAACGCGCAGUCACACCACGGAGCUCGUCGAGAAGGAGAAGAGCGCGCAGAGAGAAAAUAUGGAGGAGACUUCGAGCGAAGAGCAACGAACGCGAGAGACGAUCGUGAUCGACUCCGACGACGAAGAGCCUGCAGAUCACGGCGCCCUGCUCGGGGAGGGAGAGGCGUCAGUGCCAGGCGAUCGACGCAUGCAGAGGAGAUGCAGCGGAGAAACGCAGAGGCCAGUCUGCGUCGAUCCUUCGCGGCCCGAGCGGCAGGACGACGCAGAACAUGAGAGCGCCGACGAGGUGGAAGAGGACGAGCUCCUCCUUCCACUCGACCAACAAAUCGAGUGGAUCGCAGAGGAGGAUGCAUGCACCAUGCCGCGUCUUCUCUUCGUCUGGAACGCUCGAGAACAGUCCUUCGAGCCUGUGUCUCACCCCACAGAGGAACAUCGCAAACUGGCCACCUACGAAGUCCGUCUCUCUCAACAUCCACCCUGGCUGCUCUCUCCAGCCAAAAUACCCUUAUCUUCCUCUUCUUCUCUCUCUUCUUCUGUCUCUUCUUCUCUCUCUUCUUCUCUCUCCUCUUCUGACUCUUCUUCUGUCUCUUCUUCUCUCUCUUCUUCUCUCUCCUCUUCUGACUCUUCUUCUGUCUCUUCUUCUCUCUCUUCUUCUCUCUCUUCUUCUGUCUGUUCUCGCGCUUCUUCCUUCUCUCAGUCACCGCCGGUUUGCAGUUCUUCUCUCGUUCUGGAAGUCCCCAGUUCUGGAGUUCGCAUUCGCGGGAUGCCGUCGUGGUUUUCCGUUUCUCCGGAGCGUCGCUCGCGGGAGACCGUGAACGCUCUCUGGCGACAAGUCGUGCGACAUGCGCAGGUGUACCGCUCGCUCGAGAGCGCGAACAGCAGCUUCGGCCGUCUUUCUUCUUCGUCUGCGACCGCUUUGGGAGGCGUUUCGCCAUCCGUCUCUUCAGCGCCUCCUGCCUCUCCCGUUUCGGAGGCUGUGCCCGCGUCCCCAGGUGCAUGCAGCGAUGAAAUGCGGUUUCUGUACCCUCCCUGGCUGUAUCUGUCGCCAGGAGUUCUGCCUUCGCCUGCGCAUGCGCGAAGCGUGUGGGCGCAGGUCCUUCGCGACGUUGCUGCCUUUCUGGAGAAGAAAAGAGGAGAGAAAAAAGACCAGCAUGCCCACAGUCAAGGAGAAGACGCAACGCAUGCGGAAGCGACAGGAGAGCGGCAAUCGCUGGACGCUUCUUCGCCUCUGCGCGGAGAGAGAAACUCGAAGGUCUUGGGAGGCAAAAAAGAAACGGCAAGUCGAGACACACGCACUGAAGUGAAGCCUGACUGUCCGCGAGGCGGGGAGGCGCGACUCAAGUCCGAGCAGUCUCCUUUCCCCGAAGUAUCCGUGAAAAGAGAGACAGGACGACAAGCUUCCUUUGUGACAACUCUGUUGCAGAACGCAAACAGGACAAAGGCUAUGAAAUCCAGGCCUCUCGCCUCGCUUUCUCACUCACCCUCCUCUUCCGCUGCUGCGCUGUCCUUUGCCGCAAACGCACUGGCGAAGAAGGCCAGACCACGAGACGGAGACUCGCGGGAGGAGGGUGACGGUCGACCGUUUUUCCUUCCAAAGAAGAAGAUGUUUCUCGCCAACGCAGACGGCCGGCACCGCGCGUCGACGGGUGCAGCAUCUGCAGCGCCGCGAGGGCCUGCAGCGGCGCAGCUGAUGCCCUUCGCUUCGCUGGAGUCCCAGGCGGUCGCGGCGGCGCAGAAACAGCGAGACGGCGAGCACCCGCUUCUCGCUGUUCAGAGCGACAUUCGCAGAUUCGACAAGAACGCAAGAGACAGUUCGCUUCCGGCAGACAGGCGUGGAGAUCCUGGCCGCCGAGACGCGGUGUCUGUGCCUCUGGCCGAGCGCCUACGACCUGCAUCACUGGAGGAAUAUGUUGGACAAAGGGGAUGCAUCCAGGGAGGUCGGGGAUCGAUCCGAGAGCUGCUUGAGGCUGGUCACUUGCCUUCGCUGAUUCUCUGGGGUCCGCCAGGGUGCGGCAAGACGACCAUUGCGCUUCUCGCCGGCCGGAGCGUCGGAAAAAAGAAUUCUGCUCUUUCUCUGCCUCCUCCCGUCUUCAAGAAAAUGUCUGCUGUGACUUGCGGAGUGAACGAUGUGCGGAAGGUCGUUCAAGAGGCGCUCACGCUCCGGGCGACGACUAAGCAGAAAACGGUUCUCUUUCUCGACGAGAUCCAUCGAUUCAACAAGGCGCAACAAGAUGCCCUACUGCCUCACGUCGAGACUGGCACGAUCACUUUAAUCGGAGCGACGACUGAAAAUCCGUCGUUCGAAGUCAAUAGGGCGCUUCUUUCGAGAUGUCGUGUGUGUAAACUGGAGCCUCUCACUGAAGAGGACCUCACGACUAUUCUGCAGCGCGCUGCGAAAGAAGAAAACGUGACGAUCACCGAGGCAGCCGUCCGCGUGAUAUGCAGACUCGCCGACGGCGAUGCCAGACGCGCACUCAACAUGCUGGAGAAUGCGAUUCAUCACGAACGGACAGCGAACGAAAACAAAGCUACGAACGACGCAGAGUCUUCAACAAGCCUCGCUGACCCUCUCGUCACUUCUUCUUUCUCUCCUUCCUCUUCCUCCUCUCCUUGCUCGAGUUCUCCUUCCUGCCCUUCUGCCUCCUCGACGUCCGCGUCCUCCACUUCCUCCAUGGCUUCUUCGAGUUCUUCCAUGGCUUGUUCUGGAAAGGACGGCGUCUCUGCUGGCAGCGAAGGCCUCGUCGUCGACGUUGCUUCUCUGGAGAGCACAGCAACGAAAUCGCAUCUUCUCUAUGACAAGAAUCGGGACAGCUACUACGAUUUGAUUUCCGCGCUCCAUAAGAGUGUUCGUGGAAGUGACGAGCAUGCUGCGGUGUAUUACCUGACGCGCAUGCUAGAAGCCGGCGAAGAUCCCCUCAAGAUCGCUCGCCGUAUUGUUCGCAUGGCAUCUGAGGAUAUCGGACUCGCAGACCCUGCAGCUCUGUCACUCUGUGUCGCCGCCUAUCAGGCCUCACACUUCACAGGCAUGCCUGAAUGUUCAACCGCUCUGACUAUGGCCGUCAUCUAUUUAUGCAAAUGCCCCAAGUCCAAUGCCGUGGACCUCGCUUACAGCAAGGCCAAGAGCCUCGUCCUGGAAUAUCCCGAUGCGCCUGUUCCUCUCCAUAUUCGAAAUGCUCCCACAAAGCUCAUGUCUCAGCUUGGGUACGGUCGUGGAUACGUUCACACCAACCAGCCUGAGGCAACUUUGCCGCAGUUCCAGUCUCGCGCGUUUCGCGCUCAAACGUACCUGCCUGAGGUUCUUCUCGGCACCCAAAUUGUUCCGAAUAUAAGCCGGCCCUCAGCUAGGGGUGGGUGGACUCCGUAGUAGCUAAAAAGGCGAAUGCGUUGCUGCCUGAGGUUGUCUUCGGCACCGGAAGUGUUCCGACUGUGAGCCGAGCCUCAUCUAGGGUGGUCUUUGGUCUUUAUAGGACUUUAAAAGAGAAGGCAGUUGUGUUUGCAGGUACUUCGCCAGGUGCGUGGGCGUUGAGAGUCUGUCAACAACGAGCUCAGUGCUUGUGGGGUGAUAAGUCGGUCACUGCUUUGGCGUUUGGAUCCGUUAAACAUACACGUUCAAGAUGGAAAUCGCCGGUCGAUCCCAUCCUUUCUUGGGGUUUUGACAACCUACCUUUGAGAGGCUCUCUUAACAAAAACAGGAGAAAAAUUGAAAAAGUAACCUCUGCGGUAUAGAUCGACGGAUUCGGCACAGACACAAGUUACACCAAACAUGUACAGGAGUGCGUUGGUAUGUCUGACGCGGCGACUGCAUGCAGGUGGCCAUCAAAUUCCAGGAAGUUUCUGACUAACACAGUAGAUUCGAGAAACCGGUAUUUUGUGUCUGCGUUCUGGACAGAGUGUGUGCGACACACACGGUGUGCAUGUGAGUGACGUUGCAUGGUGUGUUUUAAAGUGCUUUAAAUGUGACGAAUACGCACGCAUGGAAAAUUUAAGACGCAGGCUGUGCAGGUAUGUUGACC